CAGGGGGCUAUUGUAGCUAUCCUGCGGCAGGCGUUCUUCACCGGGAAGAAUAACUUCGCGCUUCGCCACCCAUCGUUGUUCACAUCAAGUCUCAAGGACCGUGAAGACGAGCUGGAGGCUCCGCUUGGGAUGGUGGCCUUUGUCUGUACUGCGAUACAUGCAACCAUCGACGAAUGGUCGAGUGGUGUCCUUGUGCCCGAGGAUUUCUCAGGAAGUGGCUGGGCCGCUACAUACGAUAUUCAUGUCGGGAUGCUCGAAGAUGUCCGUGAUACGCAGCCGCGACGGUAUCACGAUCAUAUGCACUAUCUUUAUAAACAGGCAACCAUGUCUACUCGCAAUGCCGCUUCCAUUGAUACGAAACAGCCCAAUGCGCUGUCACUGAUGGACCUCUCAGAGCUAGACUAAAUAUAUAGACAUAUGGUUGUAGAUUAAAGCAUGUCCUUAUUACAAGCAAUAAUGUUCUUAUAAUCCGU